AUGAACUUCUCCUUUAUUUUGAGUGCCGAGCGGCCACACGAGCCGAGACACUUCAGAAGUUUCCUCGAACACCGGAUACUAGCAAUUGCCGCCGUGCAGCAGAACCUUGCGAGUGAGCAGCUUGCUUUGACCGAUGAAAACAUUGCGGCUGUUUUCAGUCUUCUCUGUGCCGAGGAGAACUUCUACAUCCACGCCACUGAGAUCUAUUCUAAGGCCGGGAGAUAUCUACAGCAGGACGAUACACAAAGAGCAACCCAUUUAGCAGGGCUGCAGCGCAUGUUGUCCAUCCGUGGAGGGACCGACUCGCUCGAAAGCUCGCGCAUGCUGCAGGCAUUCAUCAUACGAUGGAUCUGCACGCCCCGUGGAUGCCGGUUGGCCUAUGUCAUCCCACAGGCGAUCCCUGCUGACAAAGACAAUUCAACUGAUCAACAGCGUGAUCCGCUCUUCUUGACCGAACCUGACAUCCUGGCUGACGAUUUCUUGCAACGUGUGUAUAAUUAUCCUUCCGCAUCUGCCUUUGCUCGGCAGCAUUCAACGAUGACUGCUGCGUGUAAAAAGAUUGGAAUGAGCGAGGCUGUGAUCAGCAUCAUCUCUACUGGUGACUGCUUAAGAAAGGAUGCUCUGGCAUGGCUCAGGGACCCCGACAGCCACCCUUGGGAUGCCCUGGACAUACAAAACGUAUUUUCAAUGACCAUUGGAAACCUCUCCUCUUGGAUCCUAGAAAAUGAGUCAACAAUGUCUGCAGCCGAAAAUAUCACGUUGCUCUGCAUAUUCGUGGUGGUCUCAUGGACUUGGAUUGGUAGCACCGGCUGCGGACUGCAUGGUAUUCUUUCUAGGAUGAGAAGAUAUUUCGACUCUGAUCACGUCAUGCUCGACCUUAAAAUGGCCGGUAUCGAGGUCUGGGUUAGUGUUAUUCUUCUCAUUACAUCAAUGGGGGUUCCAAAUCACUGGGACUACUUCUUCAGUAGGUGCACGGCCAUGCUGGCGGAUCGCAUACCCCGAAUCGAGACCUAUGAUGAUCUUCAGGCGGAUCUAUCACAAUAUCUUUGGUGUCCCCAUUCCAUGGGCCACUGUGCUCGGAUUAUUUGGGAGACAAUUAGCAACACUUCAUGGGACAAUGCUACUCAAGGAUUGCAGAGCAUUAUGUUUGAAGAUGACCCUGUCCUGCUACACCCGGCAUUGAUUAUACCGAAACCGUUUUUCCAGAUAAAGGCUCUGGUUGGUAAAGAAGCUUUAGAGUAG